CUCCUCCACAAUACCAGCCUCUAUCUGUUAUCCGUAACACUAUCACCUCUCCACCAAACGACACACUCCAUAAUGAGAAAAGGUGCAGGAAUAUCAGGUCUCGCAAGGCACACAGCCACAGCAUCUUCAUACUCCACCCUCUCUUCAAAUAUCACCGCUUCCCAAUUAUCUAACCUCGCAUCCUCUCUCCAAUCCUUCCGCACAGCCCUUAUCAACUUUGCCUCUGCACAUCGCGCUGAUAUCCGCAAAGAUCCUGCUUUUCGUCAUCAAUUCCAGAAGAUGUGUUCCGCCAUCGGUGUGGAUCCAUUGGCAGUCGGACCGGGGGCAGGAGGAGGUGGAAGAGGCUGGUGGAGCGAGGUUCUUGGAAUAGGAGAAUGGGAAUACGAGCUCGCAGUUCAGGUUGUAGACAUCUGUGUAUCUACGAGACCUGAGAAUGGUGGAAUAAUUGAGAUGGGGGAUCUGAUUAGGCGGGUGGAAAGGUUACGUUCUGGUGGCAUUUCUUCCUUGCGCAGUAUUCCUUCAAGUAAUCAACCAUCUACCUACACAAAUCCAGAGGAUGUUGGUCAAAUAACAUCUCAAGACAUUCUUCGCACACUCAAGCUGCUCCGUCCUUUAAAUGCUGGGUACACAUUGCAUCGUCCGUCCCCAUCGACUACAUAUAUACGAACAAUCCCUCGCUCCCUCGACACAGACCAAUCGACAUUGCUCGCAAUUGCAGCCACGACCAGAGGGCGAUUACGCCCUGCGAUUGUUAGGGAGCAGACUGGAUGGACCGAAGUUAGAGUGCGAACAGCAAUGGAAGACUGUGUCAUGCGUGAGGGGCUAGGCUGGGUUGAUGAACAGGCCGGGGAGUACAAUGAAGUGUGGAUAAUAGCGGCUACGGGGUUUGCUACAGGAUAAAGCAAGAUGUCAGAUUUGUUUGUGGGACCAUCCUUCUAGUCAGGUGAUCGUGUUUAUGAUCCUAACACAUAAUUUUCAUCCCAUGAGAUGUAUGCAAGAUGAGGAAGGUGGUGAGUAACUUGACACAUGGCAACAAACAAAUCAAAUGUUUUAUCCUAUUCACAUCUUUUGGUCCGCCAUAAACUCGUACCUGAAGUCUGCGACCUUUUCGAGGUCCUUUUCCGGGAAAUUCCUAUUCCAAUGAUGCGCGGCCCCUCAUUAAACUCGCGCAUAUGGAUCAUAUGGAUGUCUAUCCCGCUAAGAAUAAAUUGAGAUCAGCAGCGUCUCUCAGCAUGUACAAUGUGAUGUGCAUGGAACAAAGAAAAGGCAGAUUGAAGACAAAUGCGCAAGGAGGUCAUUAAUGGCAGGAAAGAAAGAUGUUGUGGUUCGGGGGAGUAAUUUAACGAUCAGAAGCAAGAGGACAGGCAGAAAGAUGAACCAGAAAAUGAAACAGCAAGGAGGGUAGGAGCCAAGAAUAAGGUGUCAAUGCAAGGCAUAGUAUUAUCAUCAAAGAGUAGAUAGAAGGAGAGCAGAGAUGGGCUUGGAAGGGGAAAAAAGAAUACAACAAAAGGGCCGCAGCGCGGGUAAAAGGAUAGCAAUAGGGAGAUGGACAGCAUACAAUUGCUACGAAAAUGAAAAGCGACCCAACAGCAUUCUCACAAUCAAGUUUCCAGAAACUGCCUAUACUGAGCUCCUUUAGCUAUAUGUAAGUACUCAAGCCCAUGCAUAUCGUCUAACCGACGUAAAUGUCCC